GAGCGAGCCGAGACGCACGAAGUUUAGAUACGCGUGUUGCGAACGGAAGUGCGCGCGCAGACGGCGCGGUGUGUGCUGUAAAUAAGCGUUUCGGAAGGAGAGAGAUUUUGGGACAUCAUUUUGAGGCAGCUGUUAAAGAAAAUAAAGGAAAAGCGUCUGGCAACUUGGUACAGUAAACAAAACGUUUUUUUUUUCCUGGAAGUUUUUUUUAUAGACUAUUAAUUUCUCAGGGCUUUUCGUUAAUAUUUACGGAACGCACGAGAUGUUUGGACAGUGUGCGCUAUAAAGUGUGAUCUCAUAUCUUUACAUAUAUAUAUGUACAUAUAAUUUUUAAAAAGUCCUGCUCUCUAAAUGUGUCACAUAUCAACCAAAAUGGAGCAACCGUUUUAUCAUGACGACUCGUUUCUCUCUGCUUAUGGCACUCCAGACGCCGUGGCCCUGCGCGACUACAAGCUCCUAAAGCAGAGCAUGAGCGCCAGCUUUGUCGAGCCUUACCGCAACUUCAGGAGCGACUUGUACCCGGCCGGGAGCGCAGACGCCGGCUCGCUGAAACUUGCUUCUCCGGAGCUGGAGCGUCUCAUCGCGCAGAGCGGCGGAGGCGUGAUCACAAGCCCAACCCCGGGUCAGUACCACCUGUACGGUCGCUCCAUCACAGAGGAGCAGGAAGGCUUCGCGGACGGAUUCGUCAAAGCCCUGGACGAGCUGCAUAAGAUGAACCAAGUGGCGCCGCCGAACGUGUCCAUCGGCGCCGGAGGAGUGCCGCCGUCCGUGCAGCCCGACGCGCCCGUGUACGCCACGCUGAACAGCUGCAGCCCCAACACUAGCGUCCAGCAGCCCGCCGCGCCUGGCUCCUACCCCAGCGCCACCAUCAGCUACCUGCCUCACCAUCAUCAGUACCACCACCACCACCAGCAACAGCAGCAGCAGCAGCAUCACCACCACCAACAUCACCAUCACCAUCCCUUCCAGCACGCGCUGCACGUGCCGAGGCUCUCAGCGCUCAAAGAGGAGCCGCAGAUCGUCCCCGACGUGCACGGAGCCUGCGCGGACGGCUCGCCGCCGACGUCGCCGGUCGACCUGGAGGAGCAGGAGCGCAUCAAGGCGGAGCGCAAACGCCUGCGCAAUCGGCUCGCGGCCACCAAGUGCCGGCGGCGGAAGCUGGAGCGCAUCUCGCGGCUGGAGGACAAGGUGAAGGUGCUGAAGUCGGACAACGCCGGGCUGUCCAGCACCGCGUCCCUGCUGCGGGAGCAGGUAGCGCAGCUCAAGCAGAAGGUCAUGACGCACGUGAGCAGCGGGUGCCAGCUGAUGCUGACGCCAAAAAUCAAGUCGUACUGAGCAGGUCACGGACUCAUGGACACGCUGUUGGGUUUUUUUUUUUGUUGUUUUUUUCUUAUAAAAGGGGAAACACUGGAAGAUUUCUUGGUGUUAUUGCAUUGCAGCACUGAAUGAAUUCGCGCGUAUGUUUCUUGUAGAAAACUUUUAAUGUGUUGCUAUGUGUUUGUUUGUGUUUUUUUUAAAGCAUUUCCUUUAUAAACGUGUUGCUCGUAUGGUACCAGAUGAAAUGCACAUGAAAGAGAAAUGAAAGGACUGUCAGGACUGUCAGCAAAACUUCAUCAUCUUUGUGCGAGUGAUAUCCUAUGAAUACAUCCCGAUAAGUUAUUUUCACUGUUUACGUCCGGCUUAUUCCGGACUAAUCUUUACUGUAAAUGUUUUUUUUUUUUU